AUGAGCAACAUGAAAGAAAAUCUAUCCGUCCAAAAUCGAAAAAUUGUGGCCCAGUCACCUGAGAUUCAUGGCUCGAUAUCAAAUUCAACAAAAGCCAAAUAUCUUUCCCUUGAGAAACCAUAUCUCGUACCCUUGAAGAUAAAGAUUUUUUUCCUUCUGAUCACGUCAACCAAGGCUUUUACAAAAGUACACCUUACUUGUCUCUCUCUCUCUCCCGGCUAUCUAUCUAUCUAUCUAUCUAUUCUAUCUAUCUAUUCUAUUCUAUUCUAUUCUAUUUUAAAUCUAUCUAUCUAUCUAUCUAUUGCAGUUUGUUCAUAUCUAUCUAUCUAUCUAUCUAUCUAUCUAUCUAUCUAUCUAUCUAUCUAUUUCAGUAUGUUCAUAUCUAUCUAUCUAUCUAUCUAUCUAUCUAUCUUUCUCUGUCCAUGCUAUUUUACUCUAUCUUUCAAUCUUCCUUAUUCUUUCACAAUUUAUUUAUCUAUUUAUCUUCACUGUAUUUUUGUCUAUCAUUCAAUCUGUGCCCGUCAGUAUCUAUCUAUCUAUCUAUCUAUCUAUCUAUCUAUCUAUCUAUGGUAA